CUCGACAACUCGCCGCAGUGCCGCGCCAGCCGUCAACGGUAACGCUUGUCACGCUAUUAUCUUGUAACUAAUCAAAUACGCGAGUGACUUUUGAAAAGUUUAACACUAACGAAUCCGUUUAAAAGUCGAAUAUCGAAUAAAAUAGUGUUGUGAAACAGUGUGGCGUUUUAGAAACGACGCCGGUACGACGUGUCGCGUCAAAAAUUAACUUUCGUCGCAAGAUACAAAUGGUCCUCUGCAAUAAUUAGUUUGGUAAAAGUGAGUGUGUGUGCUGUGGACGCUUGAUGGUUUAAUUAUUAGAACUUGAAUUGACGUUUGUUUGUAUUUAAUCGUGCUCACGACAGCCCGGAAUUACAAAUGAUCAAGUUGGAGGCCCCCGAAGUGCACAUGUCACUACCCAUGCCACCUCGAGCACCAGACCCCGCCGCGCUAGCGGCUUACUGGGCGGAGUAUGAGGACCUCUGUCGGCAGAUCAGCACGGCGCACCAAAAUGAUGACGAGGAAAACCCUUAUGAAGAAGGCGAAUUGGAAACGGAAUGGCUCCAAGCCGCUGGUCUCGGCUCGUUGGCAGCACCGUUCCAGGCGGGCCUCGAGGUCACCGAGGCUCAGCUGGGAGAGGCCGUGCGGCCUUUGCCUCGGGAGCAGGCCGCUGCCGUGCGCAGGAGAGUGAGGCGACUCAACAGGACCGUCAGGAGGCGGCGUGCAGCUUCACGCGCCAAAAAACCUGACAUUAGAGAUGUCUUUAGGGACUUAGAGAAUUCGAGCGGCAGUGAGCCUCGGUCGCGCAGUGCGACCCCUGACUCGCUGGACUCGCUGCCAAGUGGGGGUUCCGGCAGCCCACCCACUGAGUGGGCAGACAACGCUACGCCACCUGACUUUGUCGACAGCUACCCCGCGGGCACGCACGCACCUAUCGCGCGCACUCCGUCGGCGCCCGCCUCCCGGCGCACGCGCCUCUCCCCGCCCGGCCCGCACUCACCGCACUCCCCUCCGCGUCCCGUGCACGAGCUCUUCAAACCAAAUGAUCUGCAUUGGGCCGAUAUCGCCUCCAACACCGAGGGUAUUGAGCUUUUGGGUUAUCAGAGAUACGGGACAGUUCAGGGACCGAGAAUAGGCAAGGAACGCAUCAAUGGGUCCAUUUUAAAAGAGAAUGACCUUUUCAUGAAACACGCACCGGUUUCACGGACUAAGAGCGCUGCGUCUGCGCAACAGCCGUUAAGUUUCGAACAUAAGUUCAAUCUGGAUCGUCAGAUGAUAGACCAUGAAGAGGAAUGGCCAGAACCGGAUAGCACGGUGGACAUUGAGACAGUUGGCGAACCGCAGCUGAAGAAGUUACAGCCGUUACUCUGGCUCGAACUGACGGCUCUCUUCGACAGAUACUCGCUGCCCUUCCACAAGAGGAAAACGCCGAAGAAGAAGCGGAAGGAAGAAGGCACAGUAUUCGGUGUCGCAUUAGAAACUCUUCUGCGCAAAGACAUGAUCCUAUGGGAAGAGACAUGGAGUUCGGUUCCGUCAGUUCUGCGAGCGCUUUCGUCUGCUCUGCGCGCGAGAACUAAAGAUGAGGGAUUACUACGAGUCUCCGGAAAUAAACACAAGGUGGAGGCGCUGUGCGCGCUGGUGGAGCGGCAGUGGUACGCCGACCGCGCGGGCGUGGAGGCGGCGCUGCGGCGCGCCGCGGGCCACGACCUCGCCGCCGUGUUCAAGCGCCUGCUGCGCGCGCUGCCGCAGCCGCCGCUCACGCAGGAGCUCAUGCGCCUCUUCUACCACACCUACGCAUUAUCCGGCGCGACCCAGGGACGCGCUCUGAACCUUCUGGUUCUCCUGCUGCCGGCGGAGCAGCGCGCCACGUUGCGGGAGAUCCUGCGCCUCGUGCGGGAGAUCGUGGCCAUGAGCGACACCAACAAGAUGAGCGAGCACAACGUCGCCAUGAUCAUCGCGCCCACGCUGUUCCCACCCAGUUUUCUGAUCAAGGCGUCGGACAGCCUGGAGACGCAGCUGGCGACGGCGGCGAACAGCUGCCACGUGACGGAGGCGCUCAUGCGCUGGUGCGACCGGCUGUGGGGCGUGCCCGCCGCGCUGCUGGCCGCCGCGCACCGCAAGCCGCCGCCGCACCGCCGCGCGCCGCACACGUGAGCGCCGCCCGCCCCGCGCGCCCCGCGCCCGCCCCGCCGGCCGACGGCGCUGGUCAGCUGAUGCAUAUACUCUGUGUUAAUUUAACCGUUAACGCAUCUAGUGUGGUAUACGACAUGUGAAUGAGAUGCCAAAUAUGAUAUACCUUUUUUUCCAUCGGUGUUAUUUAGUACUAUCGAUAAUUUUAUUCCAGUUUUUUUUGAGGCUGUACCCUAGUUUAGGAUUUGACAUGAGUGUGGUGCCAUGGGUUCGUCGGACGCGUUACCACUUGUGAGAAUUCGGUUGUAGUGAUGGUGCCUUAUAUAGCAUGAUAUUUUACUUAAUUUACUCACGAUCCUUGUUUAUCCUUAAUAUGUAAUUGUAAAUAAUAAAAUGUAUAAAUAUCGUACCAAUUGACUAGGCAAGCAAAGACUGACUUGUAUUAUCUAUGUAUAUGUUACUCGUAAGUGUAUUUACUUCACAAAUAAAAAUGUAUUAUUCAA